AUGCAAACAAUAAGGAUUUUGCCGAACAUAAGAGCUCUUCUGAGGGAUGGAAGGGAGUCCGAGGCGAUCGAUGUGAUAAAUGCGCAUGUGGACGUGGUUGCUCCGCAUAUAAAAGACGAUCUCCGAUACAUCAAGUCCUCUGACCCGAAAACGAGCCUGUGCUUGAGUAAGAUCUACUUUGUCCUCGAGGACUAUCAGCAGGCCAUCGAGUACGCACUUCGUGCUGGGGAUCUCCUUGUCGACGAUGGGUCUUUCUACUACACCUCCAUCGUCUAUCACAUGAUGGACUCUGCUGAUAUAGGAGGCGACGACAGAAUCAGGGAUUUUGUUCUCAAGGUUAUAGGUGCAGAGGAUGUGGAUGAUUCCCUCAUAGGAUAUUUAUUUUCCAUUAAGGCAUAUGGGCUGCUCAAGGAGGCGCUUGUAAAGUACAUAAGCGACGGGAAUGACUGCAGGAGGCUGCUUGACCUUCUUAUAUCACUUGGAGAGGAGGAGGGGUGCCUGAAAGAGAUAUAUGGAAUGCUUGCAGAGAUCGGGCCGGGAAAAAAGCCGUUUAUUUUUUAUGUUAUAGAUGCCUACUUCUAUCUUGAGGAUGUGGAGAAAGUCAAGGCCCUAAUUGAAAGACUUGUGAAAGAGGAUAUUCUUCUGUGCUAUGACGUUGCAUUCUACACUGAGGACAAUUACAGCCCCGAGAUCGAGGUGGCAGACCAGAGAGUCAUGUCAAUACUCAGUGGGGAGUUCAAGAAGAAGAUCCUGGGCGCGUUUCUUCUUGAAAAGAAUCUUACCAGCUUUAAGUUUCUUGAGUCCAUAGCAAGAACCAGGACUCACUACCUAGGGCUGGCCAACUCUCUGAUGAACCUGGGAACCUCCAACGACACGCUUUACAGAAAUAACGCAGACAUUUUUGGGCAGUCAAGUGAGUGGGCAAAGUUCAGCGAGGUGGCGAGUAUUGGCAUGAUCCACCUAUUCAACUCCAAUCCUUACGAGAUUCUCAAGAACUAUCUGCCCAGUGAAGUCAGCCAAAAGGAAGGAGGAGCUUUAAUGGCUCUGGGCCUCAUAAAGGCAGGGACAUUCAGCGAGGAAGACACCGAGUACCUCCUCUACUUUCUGGACACGGAGGAUACCCUCACCCCCGAGCUGGCAUAUGGUGUGUGCCUGGGGCUGGGGCUUAUCAACAUGGGAUCUGCCAACAGAGAGAUUUUAAACAAGCUCAAGGAGCUCUCAAAGGUCGAUCGGACACUGCUGGUAGAAGCCUCUGUAUACGGAAUGGGGAUGCUGGGCCUCAACUCAUGGAGUGUUGAACUUCUGGAGGACCUGCGGACGAUUGCCGGAGAAACCGAGUUCGAACGCGUGAAGAGGGCUGUUGGGAUCUCGUUUUCGCUGGUUCUGAUGUUCAGCGAGGAAAUGUUCUAUGACGAGUGCAAUGCCUCGAAUGGGGAUUUCAAGAACUACAUCAACGAACUUCUCUAUGACAAGGACUCUAUAAUGAGGGCCAACGGUGUUCUUUCUCUUGGAUCUGCGUUUGUUGGCACAGGUAGACUCGGCGUAAUCUCGACGCUUCUUCCGUACAUCAACGACGGAGAUGACGAUGUUAAGAGAGCAGCAGUGAUAGCUAUUGGGCUUGUAUGCUGCGACGAUAGAGAUCUCCUUGUGGGGACCCUGGAGCCUCUCUCUGAGAACCACAACUUCUUUGUGAGGGCAGCUGUUGCAGUGGUUCUCGGGCUGUUUCUCUCCGGAACAGGAGAUAAGGUCUGCACCAAUAUCCUGGAGGCAUUGAUGUACGACACCAACAGUCUUGUCAGGCAGUCUGCCUGUAUUGGAGUUGGGUUCAUUACGAUGCAGUGCAACCCUGAGCUUGUUCCGAACUACAAGCGCAUCAUCGAGAAGCUGAACAGGCUGAUAGUGGACAAGAAGGAGAGCGGGGCUGUAGAGCUGGGGGCUGUGCUUGGAAGGGGACUGAGCGAAGGUGGAGGAAGGAAUAUCGUCUUUUCUGUAAGAAAUAUGUCUGGAAUCACGUCUGCAGACAGGAUUGCAGGUGCAGUUCUGUUCCUGCACUACUGGUACUGGCAUCCCCUCAUAAGCAUGGUGUCCCUCUGCGCCCUUCCGACAACGGUCUUCUGCUUCAACGAGGAUCUUGAGGAGGAGGAGAUUGAAAUCCCGACAUCCAGCCGUUACAACAAUCUUCUUAUAUGCCUUCCAGACAUCAAGAAGGCAAGAAGAUUCAAACAGAAGCCCAAGGAAGACAAGGAGAUUGUCAUCGAGUCGCCCUCUGUGUUGACAUUUGGUAGUAGGUGUACAAUCAAGCAACGAGAGGAGUGCGGCAUUGAUGCACCUGCCAUCUUGUUUGUGAAGAAGAAGAAAUAA